AUGCGCCGAAACUUUUAUAGCUUGGCCAUUCAUCUAUCUACUAUACUAUGUGGAACUGACUCUCAUACUUGUUAUGUGUCCGGGCGCAAUGCGCUUUUCCUAAAACUCCCAAAUUCGAGAAAACUAUUUCAUAGGAAUCUUGUAAGAAUUGCGCAGUGCCAUCUCGUUAUUGUAACCAUGUCGCAGGUUUCGCGAAUUUAUAUCAUCAUUUACGACGUCGGAAUAAUAGAAAGAAAGGUGGCUCUUCUAUGCAUCGAUCGGCUACUCAUUCUGGGGACUUUGCGGUCUAUUUUUGUGUAUCCCUUGUUUUCUCAUCUAUAA